AUCGUAGCAUGAUGCGGCUCUUGCUGCUACCUUUUGUGUUCCUAGUACUGGUCUGUUCUGGUUGCGAAGUAGGGUAUCGUGCAGUCAACAUUUGGCCAACUGGCUGGCAAGGAGAACUGACAAUUCCCUUUACUAAAACCACUGCUAACUGGAAGCUUCACGUAGUCUUUACCAACCCAAUUCUUGAUGGUAACUUCUUUCAAGGCACUGCAACGUUAAAUGAGGAUAGUACAGAGGUGACAGUGACGGCUUACGAUUGGUCCUCAGUACACCAGGCUGGAGCUACAUUUGUUGCUGGUUUUACAAUCACCCAUGCUAACGAAAAUGAAGUUGAGAUAGCUAAAAUGACUCUCGAAGUAUGCUAUGCAGAUGGGGGUUGUAGUGAAUGUGGGAUUGAAGUUGAACCAAAACAAUGCUCUGGAGCUUAUCUCCAUACUAAAAAAAAUUCAAAGUUCAUAAAAGGAAAGAUACAAGUGAUGCCUGCUGAAGACUACGCAAAAUUUCCAGACAUGAUAUUGGCAUUCAGUGAACCAAUAAAGAAAAUUACUGUUCCUAAUAAACUUUAUCAAGUUUAUUGCUGGGAUGAGAAUAUGCAAUGCACAAUAGCUGCAAAGAAUCCAAAAGCUUUGAAGAGAAACGUUCUGUUAACUAUACCUAUAACAAUCUUUAUCAACAAGAAAUCUCAGCCACUCUUGGUUGGCAUGAAGUGGAAUGGUCUUGAUGUCUGUGAAACAAAACCUGAGCCACAUCCAGAACCUGAACCAACGUCACAACCAGAACCAGAGCCUACAAUGGAACCUCAACCAACACCAGAGCCAAAACCAGAGCCCAAUCCAGACUGCGAUCAGGGAAAGUAUUCAGAAGCCCUUCACUUGUCGCUUCUGUUCUAUGAGGCACAAAGAUCAGGACAACUGCCAGCAGAUCAACGAGUUACAUGGAGGAAAGACAGUGCUCUCAACGAUAAAAUUCCAGGGGGUUACUACGAUGCUGGAGACUAUGUAAAGUUUGGAUUUCCCAUGGCAGCAUCAGCAACAAUGGCAGGGUGGGGAGGAGUUGAUUACAAAAAGGGUUUUGUAAAAGCUUGUGAAUGGGAAAAUUACAAAGCUAUGAUAAAGUGGGCAACUGAUUACUUUAUUGCUGCACACACUGAAACCAAUGAGUUAGUGGGACAAAUUGGAAACGGUGAUGCAGAUCAUGCUUUUUGGGGUCGACCUGAGGAAAUGACUAUGCAAAGGCCAGCAUAUAAGAUCACAGCCCAAAAACCAGGAUCUGAAUUAGCAGCAGAAACAGCAGCAGCUUUGGCAGCAGCGUCCCUGAUAUUCAAAGAUGAUGAUCCAUCAUAUGCAUCUGAAUGCUUAAAGCAUGCUAAAGAGCUUUAUGAUUUUGCAGACAAGUAUAGGGGCUCUUACACACAGGCCAUACCUGAUGCAGCUAAAUUCUAUAACUCAUGGAGUGGAUACAAUGAUGAACUCGCAUGGGGAGCAGUGUGGUUGUACCGUGCAACAAAAAAUAAAAUGUAUUUGGCAAAGGCUGAGCAGCUCUCUAACAGUUUGGGUUCACCUGAAGAACUCUCCUGGGAUAACAAGGGAUCUGGAGUACAAAUACUACUGGCAGCUGAGACUGGGAAACAAGUAUACAAAAAUAGAGCUAACCAGUUCUGUACUAGGGUCCUAACUCAAAAGCCAAAAACUCAGGAUGGACUUGUGUUCAUUCAACAGUGGGGAGCUCUCAGACAUGCUAGCAAUGUUGCUUUUGCCUGCCUGUACGCAAAUGAUAAAGGACUUCUCACAAAUGAUGUCUCUGUUCAGGCCAAAAGACAGAUCGAUUACGCUUUAGGUGACAACAGCAAGAAAUUUAGCUUCUUGAUCGGUUUUGGGAACAACUAUCCACAGAAGCCUCACCAUCGCUCGUCUAGCUGUCCUUCAACUGGAAGUUGUAGCUGGAAUGACUACAAUAGUGCUAACCCAAAUCCUCAGGUGCUAAAAGGGGCUUUAGUAGGAGGGCCCAAGUCAGUUAAUGACAACAGCUAUGUGGACAGCCGACAGGACUACAUCACAAACGAAGUUACUACAGAUUAUAAUGCUGGUUUUCAAUCAGCACUAGCUUUCUUGGUGGAUAAUCAAUAGUUUUGGGGUUAUGAAAAUACAUUGAGUCAAAAUGUGAAUUUCAAAUAAUUAUAAUUUUGCAUAGAUUUGAAAAAUUAGAUUGAUGAUUAUGUUAUUAUUAAAUUUGUU